AUGGCUGAAAGCUUGCCUCCCAUCUACAACUUUCCACCGCUUUAUACGUGCCAGCCAAAUGUGUUGAUCAGGGAACAACAGCUCACAACCUGGUGCGAUUUGCUACUUGAGUUCUCUAAGAAGAAUAAAGCUUGGUGUCUGAGCCAAGAAGGAACCAUCGUUGGUGAACUUGAAACUAGUGCUAAGAGUAUUUUCAAGAACGAGACUAUUCAAAGAACAGCACCUGCCCCUUUCGUUGAUCAGAUUUGGAACAGAAUGGUAGAAACUAAAAAAGCCGUCAAAUUCGAUAAUGGACAGUACCUGAUACUUUGGAGGAGUCUUGAACAUUGGAGUUCCGUCUUUCUUCAAUGGUUCGAGACAGCAGGGAAAUUGAACCAGGUAGUAACUCUUUAUGAGCUACUGGAGGGUGACGAAACACUCGAAUGGGAAUUUCAUGAGAUGCCCCAGAAACUGUGUGAGUUAUGCUUGCAAAAGCUGCGCGAUAGAGGCAGAGCUACUUUGUUGAAAGAACAGAACAAAAUCGUGGGCGUGAAGGUGCUUUGA